AAGUUAUUUGGGCAUAUGACGUCACCAGAUGCUUUGGCCAUGUUUGCUGUCAAGUUGUUUGUGACUGGGGACGAAUUGAUAAGAAUUUUAAAUAUGGCGGUGUUUCAUAAAGAUCCUUGCGGACUUAUCUGUCUUUUCUUCACUUAUUCUGCGGUGUUAUACGCGGAUUACUGUUUUGUCCAACACGUCGUUCGUCCAACCCUUACAGAAAGCAUCUGGGGCAGCUUACAUGUCUGCAUAUUCAAUGUGAUUGUUCUUCUUCUUGCAAUAUCUCAUAUCAGAGCAUCGUUUUCUGAUCCAGGUGUGGUAGCACGACCUUCAACAAGUCUUGAUUUCUCUGAAAUAAAUAAAGCAAAAACUAUGCAAACUCAGAAUGAAAAUGAAUGGACAAUAUGUGCAAAAUGUGAAGCAUAUCGUCCGCCAAGGGCACAUCAUUUCAGGACAUGUGGAAGGUGUAUAAGGAAAAUGGACCAUCAUUGUCCCUGGAUCAACAACUGUGUUGGAGAGGCCAAUCAGAAGUAUUUUGUUUUGUUUCUUUUUUACACAGGUCUUGCAUCAUUAUAUUGUAUAAUUCUCACUGCUGUGUCAUGGACAAUGGAGUGUCACGGUUGUUCUAGAGAGUAUGAAAAGAGAACAAGAUUAAUCCAUACUGUCAUUUUGAUGAUUGAGGGCUGUCUCUUUGGUUUAUUUGUUCUAGCCAUGUUGUGUGACCAGGUAUGUUUGUCACACAAUCAGUCUUGUUUAACAAAAUGUUUCAAUCCAGGUCCGAGCGAGUCUUGGAUUUCAUAAUUCCCUCUUCCUUGAUUUUCUCUCCUCCUUGAAAGUGUCAAACUUUGUGAUUUAGGAUACAUACUGCUCUACAUUUUGUACCAGAUAUUUACUUAUAAAAAAUUUGUAUCAGUGACUGUAGUAGUAUUUCAGUGAUUUGGUGGCCUAAACGGUUAGCAUUUUUAACUCUGGAUCAAAAGCCCCAGGUUCGAGAACUGGCAGGGGUCAUUUUGUGGUGUUCUUAGGCAAGACACUUUACUCUCAUAGUGCCUUUCCCCACUCAGGUUCAUCUGACC